AAAGACAGAGACAUCUUUCUACUGUCCUUCCCCUCUCAAAACCAAAGAAAGAAUCAGAAGAAAAGACUGUUUCUCUCUUCUGCUUUCUCUCUGCAAAUCCAGAAUUAUUCCUCUCAGAAAAUCUUUUACCCAUUCUUCCUUAUGAAAUAGCAAUUCACACUCUUUGUUCGUGCUUCACACACAGUCAGUCCACUGUUUCCCUGUGUAAUUUUUCUUUUCUUGUUUAUGCUUGCGAGUGGUGAAUCAGUUCCAUUGAGUGCUUAGAUUGGUGAAAUGAGAAUAAAAUCUUGGACUGGGAGUUAAUAUUUUGAAUGGCGAUCAAAGGGGUUGAUUUCAAGUGGUAUGAUGGGUUCUUCUUGUCUAUGCUUGCUACAAGUAUAAUUAUUGUCGCGAUCAAUUGGAAGAGGUACCAUUCAUGUACGUAUCCAUUGCACAUAUGGAUUGUGGUUGACUAUACUACAGUGUUUAUCUUCCGGCUCUUGAUGUUUGUAGAUAAUGGGUUGGCUGCUGGAAUGGGAUUGGAUCUUGGUUGGCAGCAGAGAUACGCACGGUUUUGUGGAAGGAUUGUUGUACUGUCCAUUCUUGUUGCGCUACUCUACCCCUUCCUUUUGGCUUGGACUAUCAUUGGUACCCUGUGGUUUACUCGUGCGAAAAAUUGUUUGCCUGAAGACGGUCAGAAGUGGGGUUUCCUUAUUUGGCUGCUUUUUAGCUAUUGUGGACUUGUGUGCAUUGCUUGCAUCUGUAUCGGAAAGUGGUUAACAAGAAGGCAGGCACAUCUAUUGCGCGCACAACAAGGGAUCCCAGUUUCAGAAUACGGAGUUCUUGUUGACAUGGUUAGAGUGCCAGACUGGGCUAUCGAAGCUGCUGGCCAAGAAAUGAGAGGGAUGGGCCAAGAUGCAGCUGCAUUCCAGCCAGGACUUUACUUGACCCCAGCUCAGAGAGAAGCGGUGGAGGCACUUAUUCAAGAACUUCCAAAGUUCAGGCUGAAGGCAGUUCCUACUGAUUGCAGCGAGUGUCCUAUAUGUUUGGAAGAGUUUCACGUCGGAAAUGAGGUUCGUGGGCUUCCAUGUGCUCACAACUUUCAUGUGGAGUGCAUCGACGAGUGGCUCCGGUUAAAUGUGAAAUGCCCGAGAUGCCGUUGCUCUGUCUUCCCAAAUCUCGACCUAAGUGCAUUAUCAAAUAUCCCCACAGAUUCUGAGAGAUCAUCCUCCACCAACGUCGUCACAACAACUCAGUACGUGAGAAAUCAACCUCCCAGCCAGAGCUACCGCUUGAGACUGCAGGGCUUGCUCCGCCAGGUCCGUGCAGAGAAUGCCGGGUCAGGCAGUGAGGCAGACAGCGCAGAAAUAGCCGCAACCAGAGGGCCACCAGAUGCAACAAAUCGUGGCCCAGAAACUACUGAGCCCGUGCAAGUGUUGGUUCAAGAGCCUCCUCCCCCUUGGCCGUGAGCCGUUUUCCGUGGCCUCUGAGUCUCUGACUGGUUUUAGUAACCUAACAACCUGGAGUUCAAGAAUCUAAUCCAAAUUCCGUACCAGUAUUUUCUUGUUCUGCUCUAAUAGUCAUAAAAACAAGUCCAACUAAUGUUCAUGUGUAAUUCUUGUAGAACUGUUUACUGUUCUGUUCUCAUCUCAUUUGUAUUUUGAUCAUCUCUUUUGCACUUCUUGUCUGCAAAAGUCCUACAGAUUCUUGAA